CGUUCGUUUAUAAGUCGAAAUUUUCCUUCACAUGCAAGCUGUCAAAAACGAUAACGCUGCGACUUUCGUUCUGUUCGUGUUGUUGACUAACUUCCUUUCAGUUUAUUUUAUUCGCCCACUUGGCAGGUCAACACCACCAGUCAUGUUCGAUGCCACCGCUAGCUGCUCUCCUCACUGCGUUAGCUCGUCGUCUCAUAUACAUGGGCUGGCUGUCAAUGCGAAAAGCAUUACGCAGAGGCAAACAUUGUGUUAUUUGUCAUUGCCCUGUUUUAUUAUUCCAGGUGUGUCAGUUCGACCGACACAGUGUCUUUGGGCGGAUCUGGUCGUGGGGAGAACGGAGAGCCGUGUUGCUCAAGGCGGCAGUGUGUUGAGGAAAGUCCGCUGCCUAGAAUAGAGCAGUUGGACCCAAGCACUCGUAUGUCCCAAUAUGUUGAAGGGAAAACUGACUCCGCCGCCUUUACCCCAAAGUAUUUUGGCUAUAUAAUCAAAUCGAGUGUUUUUGGGGGGAUGAAAGAAAACCUCCGGUUGCAAGCUUGAUUCGUGGAAAUAUUUGUUAUUCAGCUCAUGCGGUAUCCAGAGGCUACUGGAUGAGCUGAUGCUUGACAACCCUGCCGUGGAACCCUCUUCAUGGAUCAAAACGGAGCACAGAAGAACACAAAGGCUGUGUUUCUGAGCUGAUCCCGGAACGGAGGUUCUGACCCACAUCCCGCUCGCCGCCAGUGCAUGUUGCCUCUCCAGUUGUUCUCGGACAUCUGGUUGAGAGCAGGACUACCCCUAACUAUGCACUACAGACGCAAGGACCUGAGCUGUGGGAUUUCCAGGAGGAGCAAGCUUCCCCCAGGCAGGACUAUCCCUCUGAUAAUGGGCCUUCUAGUAGCCCUCGCCCAGGGCACGCUGCCGGGGGCCCAGCAGGACACGGUGGUUGAAAUGAUGUCCGUGGAGCUGGAGGCGUCCAUGCAGUCUUUUGCACUGUCCGAGUUUCAGGCCACUCUGGCUGCGGUUGCCAAGGCACAGCCGCCGCCCGUCCAAGGACCUGCGGCAGUGACGGAGGGACUGCACGUUGGCCUCCAUGACUCCUCGGCGGUCGUGGGCCAGGUGUUUCAGAUGAGGGUUCCACCGCGGCCUGCCAAUGGGAGCUGUAACAUCCAUCUCACUGCCAUGGGGAAGGAGACCUUAGCGUCCUGGCUACACUGGGACACGGAGCGCUGCGUCCUGUCUGGUAUGGCUCUGGAGCAAGACAAAGGUGUUCACCACAUUGCAGUCACUGGAGGGGAGCUGAAUGCCAAGGUUCCAGGCCAGGUGGCGCCUCCCAGCGCCGUCUUUUCUAUCGAAGUGUUCCCAGAGGAGCGGACCGACGCGGAACCGGCCCUGCUCACGCUUCAGUCUGAUAUCAGCGGCCUCCAGCCCUUCACCUGCGGCACAGAGGAGCACGUCACCGUCCUCACCGUCAUCCUUGACGCCGAUCUGACAAAGAUGGCCGCUAAAGAGAGGGUGGCGCUGAUGGACGUAAUGAGGGAGUUCUCUCAUGUGCCCCUGGAGCACAUGUGGGCUGUCCCCGUGGUGAACAACCGCCUUUUUGACAUGUCCGCUUUCAUGGCCGGUCCGGGAAACGCAAAGAAGGUGGUGGAGAAUGGGGCCUUGUUGUCAUGGAAACUUGGUUGUGCGCUUGACCAGAGCAGCAUUCCAAACAUCAACAGUGUCCAGUCUCCAGCCAAGGACGGAAGCAUGUCGGCUAAGCUAGGAUAUCCAGUCGUCGGUUGGCACAUUGUCAACAAAAAGCCCAAUGGAGUGAGACGGGUCAGAAGGCAGUUGCACAACACACCCACUCCGCUGCCCUCCUUGCUCCCCCCCACCACUCAACCGGAGCCCCCCGUUCGUGUGGUUCCCACCCCUACCUCGCCAUCCAUUGCCCCAGCAACAGAGAUUUCCGCUCCACCUGUCCGUGGCCCUUUGCCUCUUCCAGUGAAGCCAACCAAUAGGCUCCGAGAUCAGAUCGCCCACACACCCGUGUUGGGCCCUCCUCAACCCACCAGAGUAAUAGGAACCACCAGCUCCAUGCCCAUCCAGCCCACUAUGACCAGACCUACAAUUAUCGAAGCCACUGCGAUACCGACCCCACCGAGCUCCACCAAAAAGCCUCGACCCGUCGCAACCAAGAAACCCAAGAAACCCAAAACCACCAGCCCAGCUCCAAGUGAGCCUAAACCCACGAUACCGAAGCCCCCCAGACGUCCCACCGUCGUGUCUGUCGUUCCAGAGGAAAACCAAAGGCCGACGAUCCACAACCCCAUCGACGAGGUGAACGCCUGGGUCGGAACGUACUUUGAGGUCAAGAUUCCGCCUGACACGUUCUACGACCGAGAAGACGGCACCACCGAUAAACUGCGUCUGAGUUUGAAGAAGACCCCCAACGAAGCGGUCACUGAGUCCUCUUGGAUCCAGUUCAACAGAACCAUCCAGCUGCUGUACGGCCUGCCGGAGUCUGAGCACGAGGGCACCCACGAGUACUUCAUGCUCGCGACCGAUAAGGGUGGCGAGAGCAUCAUGGACGCCUUCGAGGUCCACGUCAACCGCUGGACAGCGAAUGACAAACCCUCCGUGGUUUUUUCGGCGCGUUUUCACGGCGACCCGAAAUCCCUUAACGACGACGUGCAGAGGAAGAUUCUCCUGACAAAGAAAUUGGCCUACGCUUUCGGGGACCGCAACAGCAGCACCGUGACCUUGAGAAGCAUCACUAAGGGGUCCAUCGUGGUCGAAUGGACUAAUAACAGUCUCCAGCAAAGCCCUUGUCCGAAGGACCAGAUCACUGUCCUGAGCAACAAGAUCUCCGAUCCCCAGGGCAAGCCCAAACUACCCUUCAUUAAAGCCAUGGAGCCAGAAUUCAAGCCCAUUAACAUCUCAAUCCGCGGCACUAAUAAAUGUCAGAGCUACACGUUUGUGCCUCCGGGUGAGUUGCCGGCGCCCGUUGCCCCCACGCCCACAGACGCCUCGGGCCCGGGCCGCAGGAGCAGCGACGACGUCUACCUCCACACCGUCAUCCCCGCCGUGGUGGUGGCCGCCCUGCUGCUGAUCGCCGGGGUCAUCGCCAUGGUGUGUUACCGCAAGAAGCGCAAGGGGAAGAUGACCAUCGAGGAGCAGGCCACGUUCAUCAAGAAGGGGGUCCCCAUCAUUUUUGCAGAUGAAUUGGAUGACUCCAAGUCGCCCCCGUCCUCCAGCAUUCCCCUGAUCCUCCAAGAGGAAAAGCCCCCCCUCCCUCCCCCGGAGUACCCCAACAUGGCGGGCCCCCACAGCACCCUGCUCCACCAGGACCUGCUGGAGGAGUACUCCAUCUACCAGGACGAGGAUCCCAACGCCCCGCCCUACCAGCCCCCUCCUCCCUUUACCGUCCCCAUCGAGGGCAAAGGUUCUCGACCCAAGAACAUGACCGCAUAUAGGUCUCCACCCCCCUACGUGCCCCCCUAACACUCACUGGGGAUCGCGGUUUAGGAUGCAGGAGCAACUUGGGGAUUGCUUAUUUGUACGGAAACUCUCACAAAAGUAAUUUUAACAUGUGCUCAAAUGAGAUUGCUUUGACUUUGUAGGAGCAGGCAACCAUGCCCAUAUAUGUGAACAUCUUGGAUAAAGACUGAUUUUCUUGAAUGCUGCUGACCAAGGACAAAUUGAAAAGGAAAACGGUUAUCCCAGCAGUCUUUUUGUCAUUCUUCAGUUCUGCUACCAAUUUCCUUUUUCUUUCUUUCUUAUUUUUUGCCAACAAGAGUCAAUUUAAUCUCUGGUGUACUGUUUCUAUUGUAUAGAAAAUAAUAAACCAAGAAAGACUGCAACCUAGAGGUGUUUGGAGAAAAUGUCACAAUGACAACAGACUUGACUCUCCUCAGAAAUGGAAAUCUUUAUACAAAUUCAGUAUCAUCCUUACCUGUUUUUAAGGCCAGGUUUACUAAGAGUUUGCAGCAGUUAUUUUCCAAAGGGGGAAAUCUAAUAUACCAAAUUCAAAGCAUGAUUACAUUUUAUUUACAUUUUUACAUUUUGAUUUUUAAUAUUUGAUCUUAACUUGUUGACUUCAAGGCUUUGCUCCCUCUUGACCAUAACACCCGCAAACCUUGCAAAUCUGCAAAAUCUUGCUAAGUCUCGCACUUUGUGUCUUGAAGCAAUGAACAUUGUAACUAGAGGUGCACUAAGGACCAUUUUGUUCCGUUUUUGUUUUUAACACCAACCAUGACUGAUAAUACUUGUUACACAGUAAAAAAUAAAGCAUUAAAUUGAUCAUGUCUACAGAUGUAGCCUAAUUUAAGUUGCAUAAUAAAUGAUGACAUUUUAUUUUGUACUUGCCACUUGGCCUGCCUGGGAUACUGGAGGAUGGGUUUCGACAUUGCCAUUUUCAGUACAAACAUUGUGUUGUUAACACUUAACAAAGGGCCACUGAGGUGCUUAAAAUGAAUGGCGCAGAGGAACCCUGCAGCAACCAGGAAGAGGCGGAUCUUCAGUGUCGACAUCCAAUGGGAUCUGUGUACGUGUGUGUUCUGGGGAGGGGCAUUCAGUGCUGUAUAACGACUGCUCUGCCUCUAUCCGCGGUACUGUGUGUUCAGUGGGCUGUGUUAUCAGUGUCCGCUGAGGCACAGGGACAAGUGUAUGUACAUAAUGGUUUGCUCGUGAAAUUGGAAGACUGCAUAAUGUUAGUGUUUUUUUUUCCAGUAUCAGUUGGGGAAUGGGAUGGGGCCAGGGAGAAUCGUUCUAUUUUUUAAUCGUCUGUCUCUAGAUUUAUGAUCACACAAUCAUUAAAAAAAAUGAAAAUUACUUUUUAGUUUGUGGAGAUAAUGAAAAUAUUUACUUGCUGGAGAAAACAUUGCAUCAUGUUGAGAAUAUGAUGGGGAAAGGAGUAAAAGGCAGUAAUGUAUACGUGAAUAAUGUAUGUUUCAUAUCUUACCACAUAAGAAAAAAUGGUUUAAAAUCUAAUGUUUAUACUGAGUUUUUGAUACAGUCUUAAAUUGUUUUAUGAAAAUAUAUUAAUAAAGAUGUACUACUAUUUGUAAAGCCUCAAAGCCAUGCCAUCUUAUCCUUCAUUUCUGACUUUCAUGUGGACUGAAGUGUAAUUUUCUAUAGAGGUACAUUGGUCUUGUUGCACGCCCUACACACGCGCAGAAGGUCAGCAUUGCUACUAUUAUAAGAAAUGCUGUUUUAGUGUAGUGAGGAACAUCAUGGUUAAUUGGGGACACAUAAUGACCCAACAUUAACCGCAAUUAGAAAAGGGUUUGGUAAAGUCUGGGUAUAUAUUGUUCCAAUCUUGAAGGUAUUGAACAGUAUGAUUUUUGAUGU